AUGGAUCACUCAAAGCUCGGUUGCCCAACUUCCCUCCUGUGUGUUUGCCUCUUACUCCUACUAUGCCUCCUCAUUUCCACAACUGCUGAUCUGAACUCCGAUCGGGAAGCUCUCCUCUCCUUUUCUGCUUCGGUGCCCCACAGGCGUAAAAUCAAUUGGAAUGCUAAUUCCUCUAUCUGCUCCUCAUGGGUUGGAGUCACUUGCACUGCCGAUGGCACCCGCGUCCUUGCCCUCCGGCUUCCAGGUAUCGGGCUCGUGGGGUCCAUCCCAGAUAGCACACUCGGCAAGCUCGAUGCCCUACAGAUCCUGAGCCUUCGUUCGAACCGCCUUUCCGGGAGGCCCCCUUCUGAUAUCUUAUCAAUCCCUUCCCUUCGCUAUCUCUACCUUCACCGUAACAAUUUCUCUGGAGGUCUUCCCACACGCCUCCCAUCUGGUCUCAUUGUCCUGGAUCUUUCCUCCAACUCCUUCACCGGACAAAUCCCUCCUGCGUUUCGAAAUCUCACCAAUCUCAAGGGACUCAGCCUUCAGAAUAACUCCCUCUCUGGCCCUGUCCCCGACCUUAGUCUUCCGAAUUUGGGGCGCUUGAAUUUGAGCUAUAACAACCUCACUGGUUCUGUCCCUUUCUCGCUUCAAAAAUUCCCGAACACGUCAUUCACAGGGAACCCAUUCUUGUGCGGCACCCCUUUAGCUCAGUGCAUCGCAACGCUGCCUUCUCCUUCACCUUCGCCGUUCACCCCUCCAUUGCUUACUCCUCCCACACUGUCGAUCCCUCAAGAGAAGCACGCAAAGAAGAAGCUUACAACUGGUGCCAUAAUUGCGAUCGGUGCUGGAGGGUUGGCGGUGCUCCUGUUGCUCGCAGCCACACUUGUGGUGUGCCUCCUGAAGAGGAGGAAAACCCAGGCGCAAGGAAGCAGAUCGGUGAAAGGGAAGGCUUCCAGCGGUAGAGGGAGUGAGAAACCGAAGGAGGAGUUCAGUAGCGGUGCUCAGGAGGCCGAGAGGAAUAAAUUGGUGUUCUUCGAGGGUUGUGCUUACAAUUUUGACUUGGAAGACCUCCUGAGGGCUUCUGCUGAAGUUCUUGGCAAGGGGAGCUAUGGAACCGCGUACAAGGCUGUCCUCGAAGAGGGCACGAUAGUCGUUGUGAAAAGGUUGAAGGAGAUGAUCGCGGGAAAGAGAGAGUUCGAACAGCAGAUGGAAGUCAUCGGACAACUUGGACAGCACCAGCAUGUUGCUCCGCUUCGCGCAUACUAUUACUCUAAGGAUGAGAAACUCCUAGUUUACGAUUAUGUUCCAAAUGGGAGCUUUUUCACUCUUCUGCAUGGUACGUUGACCCAGACCUUCACUCGUUCUCUUUUCAUUCCAAGUCCUCCUUUUCUGUCUGAGGCGGUGUAUUGCACGAAUCUUUACUCAAAUUUUAUUGGACUCUUUCUCCGGAGUAUUCAUCGAUGCCUCAAACCCGAUGACUUAUUGAUCUCAAUCUACCUGUGCUGUCUGACGGAACGUCCUCCAGAAUUUUUGUAUGAAAAUCGUCAAUGUAGCAGAGCUGGCAUAAAUAAGUUUGUUCGAUCAAAUAAGCCUGUCUGUAGGAAAUCUUGUUCCUUACGAAAAGAUAUGCCGCUCUUCUUCCUUAUACGUGGUCCUUUUUUAAAUGUGUUGUCGAUAAUAAUUAUGUUGCUGAUAGAAUUUAAUUAUCCAGUCAUUUAAUCCCCGAGCAUCUGUUUGCAUCCUCUCCUGUUUUCCCCAUUUUGUUCAAACCUCAUUGACUUAUUUCCUGUCAUCGGAUAUUCCCAGUCUUCAUCUCGCUGUCUUUUUUUGUUUGUUCCAUUCUUUUAAAUGCAUCCUUUAGAAAGGAAGAAUCACUUGAUCUUCACCAUCCCCCCCUGUUGCCUCUUGAAAACGACCUGUGCAGGAAACAGAAACACGGGAGGAAGCAGGACCCCGCUAGACUGGGACUCCAGGGUGAAGAUCUUGCUGGGGGCCGCCCGCGGCUUGGCCCACAUCCACUCUGAGGGAGGCGGGAAGCUCACCCAUGGGAACAUCAAAUCCUCGAACAUCCUUCUCUCGGUGGACUUGGAGGCCUACGUCGCGGACUUCGGCUUGGCCCCCCUGAUGAACUUCCCAGCGACGCCCUCGCGAGCCCUCGCCGGCUACCGCGCGCCAGAGGCCAUCGAAACCAGAAGAUUCACCCAGAAAUCCGACGUCUACAGCUUCGGCGUCCUCCUCCUGGAGAUGCUCACAGGGAAGGCCCCGCUCCCGUCCCCCGGCAACGAGGACAUCGUCGACCUGCCGAGGUGGGUUCAGUCGGUCGUCAGGGAGGAGUGGACGGCUGAGGUGUUCGACGUUGAGCUGAUGAGGCACGAGAACAUCGAGGAGGAGAUGGUCCAGAUGCUCCAGAUUGCCAUGGCAUGCGUCGCCAGAGUCCCUGACCAGCGCCCGAAGAUGGACGAGGUGGUCAAAAUGAUCGAGGAGAUCAGGCAGCCCGACUCCGGCCCCCGCCCCUCCUCGGAGGACAAGUCGAAGGACUCCCGCGCACCGACGCCGUGA